AGGCUGGGCAGCGAAGGAAGAGAGGAACGGGCUUGGCUCGCUCUGGAGUUUGGCUUGAAGGAAGGUAGAAAGAAGGGCUUGGGGGGGCGGGGGGGGGGGCAUGGGCCUGAGAUGGGCUCACUCUUCCUCCUGGGAUUCAUUGUCCUCCUGGCAGGAAGCUGCUCCGGCUGUUCCUCCCAUUCCAUGCUCUAUUUCGUCACCUCUGUCUCAGAGCCUGGGCAGCAGGUGCCUCAGUUUUCCUAUGUGGGCUUCGUGAAUGACCAGGAGUUUGUUUUCUAUAAUGCCAGCACAAAGAGGUAUCUUCCUAAGGUUCCCUGGAUAAGCAAGGUGAAGAAGGACGAUCCUGAUUACUGGGAACGGAACACGCUGUAUGCUCAGGGCCAUGAGCGGAGCUUCCGAGACCACCUGGCGACUUUGGCCAAGUACUACAAUCAGAGUGGAGGGCUUCACACUUUUCAGUGGAUGUACGGCUGUGAGCUGAGGAACAAUUGGAGCAAAAGAGGGUAUUACCAGUAUGCCUACGACGGGAGGGACUACAUCAGCCUGGACAAGGAGACCCUCACCUGGACAGCAGCCGAUGUCCCAGCCCAGAACACCAAGAGAAAGUGGGACGCUAACUUCAGAGACAACGAGUUCAAGAAGUUCUAUCUGGAGGAGACCUGCAUUAAGUGGCUGCAGAGAUACCUGAACUAUGGGAAAGAGACGCUUCUGAGGACAGAGAAGCCAGAAGUGAAGGUGACACGCAAGGUGGACUAUGAUGGGAUGGAGACCCUGAUCUGCCGGGUGGGGGGCUUCUACCCCAAGGAGAUUGACAUCACCUGGACAAGGGAUGGGGAGGUCUGGAUGCAGGAUACCUUCCAUGGCCUGGUGUCCCCCAACUCGGAUGGGACUUACUACACCUGGUGGAAUGUCACGGUGGACCCCAAGGAGAAGGAACGCUACAAAUGCCACGUGGAGCACGAUGGGCUUCUGAACCCUGUGGACGUGGCCUGGGAGGAGCCUGCCUCCAAAUCGGUGCUCAUUGGGUGUGCCGUGGGGAUUCUCCUUCCGAUUACUGGGCUUGCUGUUUAUUUCCCAUUGUGUCCAUCUGUCAGAUUUGUCAGCACCAAAGCAGCUUCCUAUGCAGGAGGAGGAGGCGACCCAGGGAAUGUGGCAAAACUCGUGAACCCAGAUCCAGCCUCCCUACAAAUAGUCUAGUGCAAUUAGCAGGUCUGCCGUAUGAAGAGAGGAAAGGUUCAUCUGCCUACGUGUUGGAUUUUGGUGCGCCGUUUAAGAAUUUCUUCAAGGUUUUUCACUGGAUCUGUAGAAAGAUUUAUAUUGCAGUGAGUUGGGCCUAAGGUGGAAGUUGAGUUUCAGUUGCCAUAUGAACAAUGAAAUUCUUAAAGUGUUACUGUAUUUCCUCAGGUUUAAAAGUAGCAAUCAUUUUUUUUAUUUGUGUGUGUGUGUGUGUGUGUGCAUGUGCGGGCGCAUGCGUGUGUGAAUAAUAAUUGAAUUAUUAUUAUUAUUAUUAUUAUUAUUAUUAUUAUUAUUAUUAAUUCAUUUAUUUAUCAUAUUUAUACCCCACCUGUCUCAUCCCAUAGGGGACUCAAGGAGGCUUACAUAUGUAGGCAACAAUUUGAUACCAUACAAAUAUAUACAACAUAUACAUUGAAACAAUCAUUAAAAACAAAUCAAACUUUAAAACCACUUAGAAUCAUAGAAUCAUAGAAGUUGGAAGAGACCUCACGGGCCAUCCAGUCCAACCCCAUUCUUCCAAGAAGCAGGAAAAUCUCAUUCAAAGCACCCCUGACAGAUGGCCACCCAGCUUCUGCUUAAAAGCCUUCAAAGAAGGAGCCUCCACCACAGUCUGGGGCAGAGAGUUCCACUGCUGAACAGCUCUCCCUCACAGGAAGUUCUUCCACAUGUUCAGGUGAAAUCUCCUUCCCUGUAGUUUAAAGCCCUUGUUCCAUUGCGUCCUAGUCUGCAGGGCAGCAGAAAACAAGCUUGCUCCCUCCUCCCUAUGACUUCCCCUACCAUAUUUGUACAUGGCUAUCAUGUCUCCUCUCAGCCUUCUCUUCUGCAGGCUAAACAUACCCAGCUCUUUAAGCCGCUCCUCCUAGGGCUUGUUCUCCAGACCCUUAAUCAUUUUAGUCGCCCUCCUCUGGACACUUUCCAGCUUGUCAACAUCUCCCUUCAACUGCGGUGCCCAAAAUUGGACACAGUAUUCCAGGUGUGGUCUGACCAAGGCAGAAUAGAGGGGGAGCAUAACUUCCCUGGAUCUAGACGCUAUUCCCCUUUUGAUGCAGGCCAGAAUCCCAUUGGCUUUUUUAGCAGCUGCAACACAUUGCUGGCUCAUGUUUAACUUGUUGUCCACGAGGACUCCAAGAUCUUUUUCACACGUACUGCUGUCUAGCCAGGCAUCGUCCCCCAUUCUGUAUCUUUGCAUUCCAUUUUUUCUGCCGAAGUGAAGUAUCUUGCAUUUGUCCCUGUUGAACUUCAUGCUGUCCGUUUUUUGGUCUUUGUAAAAACAGAUGUUUUUUCCUAGCUACUUGUGUUAAUGAAAAAUUGAAGACCAUAUAUUUGGCAUUGUGCUUUACAGUCUUGAAGAAAGAAAUGUGACUUUUUAAUAGAACUGUGGCAAUUUUUUGGGGUUUUUUUUUUUCAUUGAGAAACUGCAAGUUGCUUUUGGUGUGAGAGAAUUGGUCGUGUGCAAGGGCACGCCCGGAUGUUUUGAUGUUUUUAGCAUCCUUGUGGGAGGCUUCUCUCAUGUCCCUGCAUGGAGCUGGAGCUGAUGGAGGGAGCUCAUCUCUCCAGGUUGCAUUCGAACUGGCAACCUUCAGGUCAGCAACCCAACCUUCAAGUCAGCAGUCCUGCACAAGGGUUUGAACCCACUGCACCACUGGGGGGGGGCUCUAAUUUUUAGGUUAGGAUCCAGCUCACUGGAAUUACUCUGCUCUGUUUUAAUUGUGUUCUGUCAUGUUUAUUGUUGCCUACCUUGAAUCUCUAUAUUGUCACAAAGCCAGUACAAGAAUGAGCAAAUAAAGAAAUUAUUUUCCUUU